CGAACUAAGAUUGUCGAAUUUUUCUAUUUUGCCCUGUAUUUUACGAAGGAUUAAAAUCCAAAUUGUCCUCCGAAUUAACCUUAUACGCAUCACUUUUAUCUGGAAAUUGUAUUUUGCAUGCAUGCAUGCAUGUAAGAUAAAGGAAUUUAUGUAAGAAUCCUGUGAUUGAUGCCGUACAAUUGAUUCCCUAAUGUUAUUCAGGUUCAAAACAGAAGCAAGAAGUGUUUAAGAUUGAACCAAGAGGCGUGCUACUCUGAAGGUUGGGCUCGUCUUUUUAGUACCAUAUACAAGUAUAAGCCAAGUUGCAAACUCAAAUAAUUGUAAGCAAUAGCAAUUUAAGUUGCUCCCUGAUAUGUGGAGAUCUAUUUCAAAUGCCAUCACAAGCUUUGGACAGAAGAAGGAAUCUGGUGAGCCCAGUCAAGCUUGCCAUGGAUUCUCAGAUGACGACGACGAUGCCUGUUCUAAUGCCAGCUCUGAGGAAGGGCUUGAAUGCCCAAUAUGCUGGGAGUCUUUUAACAUUGUAGAGAACAUCCCCUAUGUCUUGUGGUGUGGUCACACGCUUUGCAAGAACUGUCUGUUGGGACUUAAGCCUGCUUCUAUGAAGGUUUCCACCCAACAGGUUCAGAUUCCAUUAUUCAUUUCCUGCCCAUGGUGCAAUUUGUUGACAUUUCGAUUGGCAUUCAACGGGAAUCUCAAAUUUCCUAGCAAGAACUUUUUCCUCCUCUGGAUGGUGGAAAGCCGAAAUGGUGACAGGGUGAAGUAUCCAUCUGCCAUAUGUAGGGAUCAUCAACAAGAGUGGUCCGUCCGGUGUACUUCAGUUAUGGGGAACAACACCUCUGUCAUGAACUACAGGAGGGUUCAUCUUCCAGGAUCUCCAGGGUCUAACGCCGGUGGUUAUAACCAUAGCGGUGGUACCCCUGCAUUGAACAGGGCCCACUUUUCUCUUCAUAAGUCCCUCGAAUCCUUUAUCCGCCUUACAUCCAAGUUUCCAUUAGUUAUUGUGCUUCUUCUACUUGUUAUGUUUGCAAUACCCUCCUGUGCAGCUGUUCUAGCACUCUAUUUAGUGAUCACCAUUCUCUUUGGACUUCCAUCUUUCCUAGUAUUGUACUUUGCCUAUCCUGCUUUAGAGUGGCUGAUCAGAGAGAUCACGGCUUGAAAUGUUCUCUACAAUUUGUUUGAGAAAUUCUCUUUCUAAAGCUUCCUUGGCUUGGAUUGUGAAGCUGUAAUGCGCAGUACCUCUGGUUGCAUUCGUAAACAUGCCUCACCAGUGUGAUCUUAGUUCUCAUAUCAAGGAUGGUGUAAAUUUCUUGUUUAUUGAGGGAUUUAACACUUGAGUUUUUCUAGUUUCAGUGUGGACAAAUAAUAUAUCAGUUCACAGAUCCAUUCACAUUCUCCUUAGUUUAGUGGUUGCUGUUGCUGAACUAGCUUGGAGAAGUCAGCUUGGUGGUAACCUUUAGAUUAGUUUCUCUCAGUGUUAUCAAAGGUGGCGCUUAAGCCCUGAAUCGAGGCUCAAAACAUGUUGAGCGCUUCGUCUCGCUUAGCGGGCUCUUCAGUAUUGUCAUCAAGGCUCUAAGGCAUACUUUUCCUUGCCAAUGAGUGUAAUCCUUAAGAGAUGACACUAAACAAUUCAUAUCUUAUCAUAAAAUUUCUUUGUCUUGGACUACACAUACAUAUUUGUGGUGUUUCUCCAUUUGCUCCUUUCUUCAUUAAAGCUCAUACUUUAUUUGCACUUAAAGCCCCACCGGCGUUAGAGCGUUUUUGCGGUUUUCGCUUUUGAUAACACUAGCUUUUCUUUAUGAAAGCUCUUAUACCCGAAGAAUUUGCCUCAAUAGGAAAACAUGGUUUGUCUAUCAUAUUCUUUUAUUCAGCAAUAUUCAAUUUCAUGAUGUGGUUUGAGCUUCAUUUUAACCGAACGGACACUGCUAAUGUUCUGGUUGGAGUGGACAGCAGCUGUUAUAAUCAUUUCCUAGGAAUUUAAACAUAGUUUCUCA